AUGGCGGGAAUAACAUUCGGCGAGUUUCUGUCUGAUCAACGUAUGAGUCUACCUCUUGUCGUAACAAUACAGACUUGUUCUGGUGCCACGUACAUUGUCACCGGAGCCGAUAAAGGGCUGGGAUUUGAAGCCGCAAAACACUUGGUGGAAGUAAGCAGCAAAAGUCAUCCUCGCAGUUCGCAACACCCAAGCUGGGAACGCUGCAAUGGCAGAUAUCGAAGCAGCAACACAUACCAAGAACGUCGUAGAGGUUUGGGAACUCGACUUGAGUAGUUAUGCCUCAGUGAAGGCAUUUGCAAACAAAGCAAUUACCGAAUUGGACCGCAUCGACGCUUUAAUUGAGAAUGCAGGUAUUGCAGGGAGUGAUUGGAUUUUGAGCGAAGGACACGAGGCUUGUAUCACGGUCAACGUGAUUUCUACGGUACUUCUGGCAGUUCUGCUCCUCCCGAAGAUGUCGGCAGUUGCGAAACGUUUUAGUUUCAUACCUCAUAUUAGUGUUGUCACCAGCGGGGCCGGUUUCUUCACGGCGGAUAGCCCAGAAUGGAGAAAGGUUGAAAGUGAUCCCUUCGAAAAAUUGAAGGACGAAAAGUUGGCAGAUAUGAGUAAAAGGUGCGUGGAAAAGAUGCAAUCACUGAGUUUUGAACACAAAUAAUUUCUGAUAAAAUAGAUAUCCGCUCUCCAAAAUUAUCCAAGUCUUUGCCAUCCGCCAGUUAGCGAUUCUGGCUGACUACAAUCGAACUGGUGUAGUUGUCAACCUCGUCGGCCCUGGGUUUUGUAAGACAGAACUCAGCGUAAAUUCGCCGUUUGUCCUGCGGAUGAGUAUCAAGCUCGGAAACAUGCUCAUCGGAAGAACUGCCGAGAUGGGAAGUCGGACUCUUCUACACGGGGCAAUUGCUGGAAAAGAGAGCCAUGGCCGUUAUCUUGGCAAUUGUGAAGUCAGAGAGUAAGUCUCAACCCAAACCCCAAAAACGGAUCUGAAUUGUGCUGACACCUAUUUGUAGAGACAGCGUGCCAGCAUGGAUGACAAAUGCAGAUGGAAGAGGGUCGCAAAAGCGUGUCUGGGAAGAUCUCGCUAAAGAGAUGGAUUCCAUAGAGCCUGACUGUGUGUCCAAAAUAUCAUGA